AUGGGCAUCUUGAAGAAGAUUACUGGCUUCUUUAUCAACGUAUUUGUCUUAGCUUGGGACUUCGGGCUCUUUAUCAUCAACAUCCUUACUCCCUCACUCAAACCCGGCCAUGUCGUCCCCGCCCACGCCGCAGGCCACCAUCUCACUUGGCCAGAAUAUGUUCCGCCUAAAGGCGAUGAUUCCAGAUCAGCAUGCCCAAUGCUAAACGCACUGGCAAAUCAUGGCAUCCUCCCGCACGAUGGGAAGAACAUAUCCUUCAAAGAACUCAACACCGCUGUCCGGCAGACUUUCAACUUCGCCCCUUCCUUUUGCUUCUUCGUGCCCAAAUUCUCCGCGGAUUUUUUGAAUCGCUCGUAUUGGACCGGCCGCUUCGAUCUGGCGGAAUUGAGCUUGCAUAAUGCCAUCGAGCAUGACGCGAGUCUCACGAGGCAAGAUGCAGCCCUCGUUCCAGAUCAGGGAAAGCCAGAUUUGAAGCUCGUUGAUGAUCUGCUGAAAGAAGCUACUGCAAAAAUGCCUGAUGGUUCUCCGCUUUUGACCAUUCCUGACCUUUCACGGGCGUUGUCCAAAAGAAGGAAAGAUGCAAGGAAGACCAAUCAAGCCUACUCCGAAAAUCUUUUCCAUAAUAUAUUUGGGAGCUCGAAUUCGUCAACAAUGUUGACAAUCUUCGGUGGUCGGAUCACUGAUCUCACGCCCAUGCUCACCGAAGAACGUUUCUCCGAGCAGUGGGAACCUCGCGUUCUUUCUCGUUUUGGGCUCACAAUGGCGAAGUUUAAUGGAACUGUUCUUCCGGUCGAAUGGGGCGCGAAGUCGAAGACUGCUGAGCAUUGA